GUCGAGCUGCACUAACCUUAUCGUGGUGUUAGCUAUUGGAGUGGUGCUGCUAAUGGCCAUUCUAGCCAAAGCCGACAGCACGAGAAACGUACAAAGCUUCGUCCGUAUCGAUGUGUCCAAGAUCAAUCAAAAGAAUGCAACGGAAACAACCACGGUGGGCAAUGGAAAUGCUACGGAAGGCACCACUAGCGAAGCGACAACAACAACCACGAGCAGCGGAGCGGCUACAGCAGCUAGCACAACGGAAACCACGUCGACAUCCAGCUCGAGCACGACUAGCAUUCCGUCCAGCACUAGCCCAACCCCUUCCACGGCAGUUACCAUGAAACCAAUCAAUCUAGACCCAGUUUUGAUUCCUCCAGAUCGGCGGGCAGCUAAAAUAAUCCCAAAAGGAUACUACUGUCGUUGUGAUUUGAAGAUAAAUAUUUGCGAGAUAAAUUGUUGCUGCGACAUCGACUGCAACGAGGCAGCGCUGAAGACGUUCGAUUGCAACCAAGAACAGCUGGACACCGGCGAUUAUCAUCACGACGAGGGACUGCAGUCCUGCCGGGUGCAAGGUGGAUUGCUGUGCCUGAUCGAACCCAUCCAUGAGGAAGGCGACGAAUUACAAUACAACCAAAAUCGUAAACAGGAGGCUAUGAAACACCGCUGGAAGAAUGUGUUUCGUGUUGAUUCGAAGGAUCCAGACGAUUCCCGACAUGCCCACUACCGUGUAGAUGAUUUACUUUAUUUUUACAAUGAAACCAGCGAAUCGGUUGAACCAUUCACCCUUCCAUAUUCACUCACCGGAAAUGAUUGCCACAUCGAACAGCACGUGCGUUUCCUACGAAAUCGUAGCAACCGCUGCCGGCGUCUGCUAGACGACGUGACGCCCUUCAACAGAAGAUUUCUGGCGCAGCAGGCCAGUAACCGUUUCUUCCGUUCGCCCAAAAAAUCCAUGGUUACCGAGCAUCCGUGCAUGGUGGACGGCGAUUGUCUUAAUGUGACCCUCACCAUCUGCCGCCUGACAAAUGUGACCAAAGGAUGGAGCUGCAUCAACAGUAGUAACACAACCAACAGCACCACAUCGGAUACGCUGCUGGGUUUGAUGGAAGAGUCUGAAGAUGAGUACGAACUCCAAUGCAGCAGAAUCGAGCUACAAUUCCGUCACAACUUUACCGAUCUUCUCGCCGUCGAUGCGACACUGUUCUGCGAACGGGACAACAGUGCCGCUGAUACGGAUUCUGGUUGGCAAAGGAUAACCGUACGGUUUGAAGCUCAAUCUUCACGUAACGUAAGCUACGCAGUCAGUGGUAAUCUGGGUUACUUGCGCCAGAAACCACUCAUCGUGACCCACUUCGAGUUGCCACCGACGAACACUACCAACGCAGUAAGCGGUGACGGAGUUCCUGACAUCCGGCCUUCGGAACCAACUAAGCAACCAGCGAGAACCAUGUUGGCCUACUUCACCAAUGGAACGCGGCUACCCGAUGAAACCUUUCGCCUUCGGUUGCCAAUUAGCAGACGGAACCGAUGCCACCUGUCGGAGCAGAUGCACGGGACAAUAGACUUUGGAGUUGAUUCGUGGCAUCGGUGUAAUUACGUUCCGUCAACGCAAGCCAUCAACGAUACCGAAGGAAAUGGUGGUCGCAAUUACACUUCGUUUUGUCGUGAGCUACAGGAACAACUCUAUUCCCUGCUGCUGCCCGGUAUUCUAUCGGAUGAUCGGUACGAUCACGUCAACCUGUACGUCUCCAAGUAUGGUAAUCCUGUGAACCGCACCGUCGACUGGAUUCCGUUGCGAACCGUGAAUGCAAUGAGCGAAACACAAUUGGGAGGUGAAGAUACGGUCGAGCAUUUCACCUGUCGGAACAUGCACAUUAACGUGGACUACCGGUUCUACUAUGCAGUUGAACGUGUUCACGAGGUCCGCCAUCAGGCGAUCAUACACGACGGUGAGAUCGUUUUCGGGCCGCGGGUGAAUUUACGCUUCCGACUGGACGAGGAAAUCCGUAUACCGAUCUUUGUUCAGGUACAAUUCUUCGAUCUUACCUCAUCGGCCAUGGACAACGGACCAUCGCCCUGGAUCGGAUGGUUUUUAUUCCUCCUAACGAGUGUGUUGUUUUUAUGGGGUUUUCAAUAA